AUGGCGGAAUGCAUCAUGAUUCGAGGCCUUUGGCUGUUGGGGGAUGCCGAGCAGAGGCUCAUGAUGGACCUCGUGACGGUGGAAGAUGUCUUCUACCCAAUGAAAGGUUGGCACAUCGACACCCGGGAUGGCCAGCAAAGCAUUUGGUUCCACGAGAACCACGAGUUGCCGGAGCCGCCGGAGAAGGGCUGGCAGUUCUGGCACAAUGGGCGAUACCACCAGAGCAAGCUGUGGUUGGUGGAUGUCGACAAGGAUCCCAUGAUCGUGGAGGAGGCGGCCGAGGAAUGCGGCAUGGAGGCUGAGCAGGACCUACCGGAGGAGCCCCUCUUCGAAGAGGAGGACGAACAAGAGGAAGUGUGCAUCGAGGAGGACUUGGCUGAUGAUGAUGAUGAUCCCGGCCACGAGGGCACACAGCUGGCUGUGGUUAAGCCGAAGCAGAAGGCCCGACCCGGGAAGAAGCUGGAGCUGGCCAAGCAGGAGACGGCCCUCGUGAAGGUGCCGACCAAGGGUGGCUUCGUGCAUGUGCCCAGCAGCUUCAAAGCACCGUGGGCUUAUGGAGGCAGUCGUGUCAUCAUGCUUGGUUCACACGGCAACACCAUGGCAGUCCUGUCAGGUGCUGCGAAGCCUCAGGGGGUGCAGGUGGCCGGCUUCCUCACGGAAGACGGGAUCGCUUCGCAAGCCAUGGAGACGGCGAACAAGAUGGCUGGUGUCAUGAGCGACCACAUCGCCCUGCAGCGGGACCAGCUGCGAGUUCAGGAGCGGAUGUGGGCACCCGGCCAGGGCCAGCUGUCUCAGGCCAUGCACAGGACUCGUGGUGGGACCAGGAAUGGACCUACCGCAAGAGGCAUCGACGUGGGUGAGCAGGGCGGCCCAUGCGAUGAGCCGAUCCUGGUCAAGCAAGGUGGGUGCUGCUUCCAAUGGAUGAAUCUCUCGAAUAUUGACAGGAUGCAAUAUCCAAGCGGCCUCGUGAUGCUGCCUCGGAGGCUGGACUGGGCUGUGCAUCCUGGGACUCCCUGCUUGGCCGUGCUGAGAUGGAACCGUGGCGGGCUCCAAGUGAAAGGCCGGCACAGCAUGUCGACUGCCACACAGACGGACCAAGUGGUGGCGGAUCUGCAGGCAAUCGCAGGCUUCUUGGCGACGAUGAAGGAUGCUGGCAAUUACGACUCUGUUCGUGAAGGGCAGGUCCUGGCCCUCAUCCAGCGGGUUCAAAGCAUGAGGCUGAAGCCACAGGAUGGCACAGCCUUGGUGAAUGCUUGGCAGCAAGGCCCUUGGACACAGGCACAGAGCCAGAGGUUCUCCGAAGCAGUUGCUGCCGUCGUUUCGAACCAGAGCAAUGCUGCAACAGACAAGCGAGGCAUGCAACACCUCAGCAGUUUCGAACACUUCUUGUCAGUGAAGGACAUUGAGAUUUUGGGUGGUCAAUGCAACAACACAAUGAAGCUGGAAUGCCUCGCAAGCAGGUGCUGCAGACUUCGUUUGGUGUGCCCAAGCGAGCCUUCAGUCCGAGCCAUUCUCGCAGCAGGAAUGGCACACGGGGCCAAUUUGGGAUCGCCUUCUGAAUCCUAUGCACAUAGUGUAACUUUCAAAAAAAUAUUGAAGCAGAAGGCCAAGCAAGUUGGCAGAAAUGGAAUCCAUUUGCUCCACUACCCCGGCUCCGUGGAGGAACUUCCUGCUGAGCUUCGCACUGCAGCAUACGAUGCAAACGACUCUGCAUGCUCACCCCAAAGCCUUUCUCCUGCCGAUGUGCACAAGGCUUCUGGGCAGCUCGUCAUCCGAGGCUCUGACAAGAGGGUCAAGAACUCUGGCACGGGAGGCUUCAUGCAGACCAUGCCCAUGCAGCAGCCCUGGUCAAAUCCCAUGGGCAUGGGAUCGAUGCCAGACCCUUCUUCGGGCAUGACAAUGGUGGGCUGGCUUCGAGGCAUGCAAUGCAUGCAGCAGAUGAUGCAAACAUCCAAUCCCGAUCAGCUUUUGUCGAACCUACAGAUUUUCAGGCCCGGACAAUCGCAGCAGGCAUCACAGGCAACUGCCAAUGUUCAGCAGCAAGCUCUUGUCACAUCGUCCUCCAGUACCAGUGGUCAAAAUGCAGCUUGCACUGCUGGUGUGCAGCAGCCAUCACAGGUUGCCCUGCAGUCGCCGAGUCGUGAGACCGCAACCGUCCCUCAGGAUCCUCAAAAUUCGCCACCUGCUGGUGGGGUCGCACCUGGCAAGACGGUUCAGACGGAGCUGGACGAUGACGGGAUCCUUGCCGCUGCCGCCCUUGUGUCAGAUGCCUUGGACGAGAAGAAGGGUGAGAGGAGUCGUGCCUCCGAAUCUUUCAAGAAUGGCAGUGCAAAGGGCAAGGGGAAAGGCGCCAAGAAAACGAAGGGCAAGGGCAAGGGCAAGAAGGGCACGAAUGGCGACAAGACCGUCGGCAAGAAGGGCAAUGGCAAGGGGGGCAAGGGCAACAGCACCAAGGUGAUGAAGAAGCCCGCCAUGGCAAAGGCAAAGGCCAUGGCGAACCCAGCGACCGGCACACGGGAGUACUAUGCCAACUUGCCGAUGAAGAAGAGAUUGGCCCUGCGACCACAUGGAUCUAUAGAGAUGGCUUUGGCUGCAUUGGGCCGAAAGCACUAUGUCUCCCAGAGUGCUCUGGAGGCAGUGUUGAAGGAACUGAAGGAAACCCCUCUUCCGGAUGCUGGGUCGAGAAGAACUAUCAAGCGGGCCAGGGAUGAGCACAUCGACAUGCAAACUCCUCACGGUUCGUUGAUCACACAUAUCGCCGUGAAGUUGCAAAAGGACGAGUCUCAGGUGAAUCUGCCAGUGUUGAAUCUGCCUGCUUUUUUGUGGCAUUUGUGCAACGACCUUCCCCAGUUCGCAACCUUCUUCCAGAAGAGGAUGCACGUGCACCCGAAUGGGCCAGAUCGUGCAUGGACCAUGACACUCUAUUCGGACGAGAUAAGUCCUGGCAACCAACUCAAAGUUUCCAAUAGCAGGAAAAUACACGGGUUCUAUGUGACCUUUGACCAGUUUGGCGCCGAAGCAAGGUCCCGGGAAAGCUUCUGGUUUUGCUUGUCCCUGGCAAGGAGUUCUGUGGUGAACCAGCUGCUAGGAGGACUUUCAGGCCUCACCCACGAACUGAUCAGUUCAGGCCCUGUGAAAGCUCUGAGCACUGGCUGCAUGUUGACGAUGCCCGAUGGGCAGAGAUGCAUGUUUUUCGCAAAGUUGGGAACUAUGCUGGGCGACGAAUCAGCUCUGAAGUUUGUUUUUGAUGUGAAAGGAGCAUCGGGGACCCUGCCGUGUCCCCUGUGCUCCAACAUCAUCAGCAGAAUCAGUGCUGCUGAUGAUUACGAUGCGACUGGCACUUUAAGGAGCAUAUCCUGCACGGAUCCGAACGAUUUCGUCCUCCGGACAGAUGCUGAAAUCUUUCGGGCACACGAGCUACUGGAAAGGCGGCAGGCGACGUUGUCGAAGAAGGAUUAUACUCGAUUGGAACAAUCCUUGGGUCUCAACUGCAACCCCGAUGGAGUCCUGCAUUAUCGGUCCAUGCCACUCGUGCAGUCGUUAAUGUUUGACUGGAUGCACGUGUUUCUCGUGACGGGCCUGUGGCAAACAGAAAUGGGCUUAUUGCUGCCCCUGUUGUACAGUGCCGGUCAUUCGGCGGAGACUUUGUUGGCUUACAUGAUGCAGAUCCAAUGGCCCCAGAACCUUCGUGGUAGAAUCAAUGAGACAUUGCAGCUUUUCAAAAAGAAAACCUCGCCGAACGAGUUCAAGUCGUCAGCCUCGCAAGGGCUCAAUGCCUAUCCUUUGGUGCGGAUGUUUCUGCUGAGCUUGGAUGUGUCUAGCAUGAACGAUGCACUCAAGUUGGCCGUCAAGUCUUUCUUGAAGUUGUGCAUUGUCUUGGACAUUCUUUUGUCCAUCAAUCGUGGCGAAAGUGAUGCCAGUCGUGGUUUGGAAGGAGCCAUACACCAGCAUUGCCAAGCCUUCAAAACAGCACACGGCGAAGACCACAUCACUCCGAAGUUCCACUAUGCCCAACACUUGGGCAGCAUGGCUGCAACCAAGGACCUCGUGUCGUGCUUUACGCACGAGAGGAAACACAAGGAGGUAAAAAACUUUGCAGACCACAUCAAAAACCCUACCAAGGGUUUCGAGGAUGCCAUCAUGAAGGAUGUGCUCGGCCGGUUCCUCUUAGCAAUGGAAGGCAGCACCGGACUUGUGCAGCCGCAUUUGAUCUCCCCCAAGCCUGCGAGCCCUCUUCUCAUGGCGAGUUUGGUGAGUGCUUUCGGGGCCGAGUCCGUGGGCCAAGCUCAGGGGGCUUUUGCAGCUCAGGUUUCACCUGGCUGCAUUGUGCACAAAGCUGACUUUGUUAAGCUGAAGUCCGGUGAUGUAGCCGAAGUGUGGUUGCAUGCACGACUCGGCUCCGGCGACCUUGUCACUUUGCUGCAGCCGUUUGCUGGGCUUGGUCGAAACAUGUACCAGCAGAAUGCGGAGGGGGCUCGUUUCGUGGCCUCAUCGGGCAUUCAGUCUGCAUGCCUGUAUGUGCCCGAAGGCCCUGGCAGAGUCAGGGUUGUGCCUUGA